AUGUUCAAGUUCAACCCCUUGCGAACGUCCGCCUGGUCUCACAUAAGACCCUCCAGAAUAAUACACAACUACAAACCCCAACAAUUUUUCACUCGGUUUGCAUCUAGUUCCACCACCACUGGAACGAAACCAAAAGGAUUAAAAGCAUUAACAAAAGCCUACGGAUGGGCUGCAUUGGGUGUAUACCUCGGCCUUAGUGCUAUUGAUCUACCCAUCUGCUAUAUUGUCGUCCAUUCUAUGGGAAGCGAAAAGAUUGAAUAUUAUCAAAAUAAAUUAAAAUUAGCAUUUGGAUAUGGUGGAUUAGAAGAAGAGGAAUUCAAAGUACAACAAGAACUUAAACGAUUAGAACGUGACCUUGAAUCGGAGAAUGACCCAAAUGGGAAUGGGAAUGGAGGGAAGAAGGUGGAUUGGUUUAAAUAUAUCAUAAGUCAAUUCUCAUGGACUGAGUUUGCUAUUGCGUAUGGGAUUCAUAAAUCAUUUAUAUUCAUUAGAUUACCAAUCACGGCUGCGAUUACUCCUGGGAUUGUGAAGAUUUUGAGACGGUGGGGGUUUAAUAUUGGUGCAAAGGGGUUCCAAACCGUUUCAACUAAUCUUACUGCAAAUGCAAUGAAAGAUGUAACUGCUUCAUCGGCAAAGUUUGGUACUACCCCUACUGCAAAGAAGAAAUGGUGGUGGUUCUUCUAA